CAGGAUGGAGUCAACGGAGAAGUGUGAUGUGGUGAUUCAAAAUUUCAAUGGGAAAUUCUUGAAAACCCCUCCAGGCAUGACAGCCCCUGCAGAGCCGUUGCUGUGCAAGUUUGCUGACGGAGGCCAGAAGAAAAGGCAGACGCAGGUCAAGUAUCCCCAGAAUGGCCGACCGUGGACACGGGAAGGAGAGAGUGGUAUGGCAUUGACGUAUGAUCCUACCGCCAUGCAGAACGGGUUUUACUCUUCACCAUACAGCAUCUCCACCAAUCGGAUGACAUCAAUCACACCCUUCAUCGCUGCCUCUCCUGUCUCUACAUAUCAGGUCCAGAGUACAUCUUGGAUGCCACAUCAACAGUAUGUUAUGCAACCAACGGGUGCUGUGAUCACCCCAGCCACAGCCAUCGAGCCCAGUCUGUCUCUGCACCCCUCCAGUGUAAUGACUCCCCUCACCCAGCAGAUGAACCACCUGUCUCUGGGCACUACAGGCACAUACAUGCCUGCUGCAGCCGCUGCUCCUAUGCAAGGAACCUACAUUCCCCAGUACACUGCAGUGCCUGCCUCUGCCAUCACAGUGGAAGGCGUGGUGACAGACCCCUCUUCACAGACAGCUGCCCCUUCCUCGCAGGACGCCAGCGGCCAGCAGCCUUUAUCAGUGGAGAAUACAGGAGAUCAUGCCACAGCCUACUCUUACCAGCAGUCGAAGUGAGUGAGUGAGUGUUGUAAAUAGCAACUCUAUACAGCUGGUUCAGCUGUAUAGAGAGUUAUUGCUAUAUUACUCCUGAGUUGCACUGUCAAGUUAUGUUCCAUUAUUUUAAAUGGUUGAAAACAGUAAUGGCAAGUUCUGUUGAAAUUGAAAUUGGAUGGCAAGUAGAAAGGAAGAUGGAUGCAGCACUCUAUGUGAAAACCUUACUUAGAUAUGCCAUAAAUAUUUUUUACAGGUAGGUUUUACAAAUACACAAGUUCUUCAGUUUUAGAAUAUUUUUUUUUAUAGUGGUAAUUGUUUUUACAGUAGCACUGAAGGGACAAACCAAACACUGGCCUUAGAGAGGGGCGUUUGAAUUUUGUGCAGCCACCGUAGUUUCCACUUCACGCUUGAAACGACAGAGUUGCGAUUUGCAACUGCACCACUAGAUGCCACUAAAAUCCUACAAUAUUGGACUUUAAAGGAGUGAA